GGGUCCCAGCUCAGCCGUCGUCCCAGGAUGGCAGUCCAGUCUCGCACGGACUUCUCUGACGGGAAGCCGGUGUUCGCGGUAGACUAGCGUCCGAGUGCCGUCCUCCGGAAAUCCUCCGCCAGGGCGCCCGUUGUUCUCUUCGGAUCUCUUUGCCAACCCCUCACGGCUCCCCGGCCGUCGCCGAAGCGCCCCUGCCGUCGUACACCUCAAGAACCCUCGAUCCUGACCGGACAUCGUGUCCGCCGUCGUCGGAGUCCUGCUCCAGUGCUCCGCGCUGCCCCCAGGUGGAAGGACGUUGACGGGCACCUCCGGACGGCGGCGGCGGCGACGUCCUCGGGGAGUUUUGGCCCGGCGCAGGACGGACCCGGUGCGUCGCGGUGCGUCGCGGGCGCGGCGAGGAAGCGGUGACGGACACGCUCGGCGUCGCGUGUCGGCUCGCGUGCCCGUGUGCGCUUGGCACGCCGAUGACGUCCACGAGGGCCUAAGUGCAGCGCGGCUCGGCGUGAGUGAGUGAGGAGUGUCUUGUGGAAAAAGCCGACACGACGACCGGCCAACAUGGGGUGUGACGGAUACGCCGUGCUCAAGUCCCUGGAGCUGUGCGUGGCGAUUGUGUGCAUGAUCUACAAGCGCAUCUCCGACUGGGAGGCCUUCCAGAUCUUCUUCCUGCGCCAGAAGUUCUCCGACGAGUGGCCGCUCCUCAACACGAUCACGUGGGACAAGAACGGCUCCAUCUACGCCGACAUCACGUACGGCGCGUUCGUCAUCGCGCUAGCCGCCAUGCUGCUCGCCUACCUGGCGGGGCAGCUCGACAAGACUCCCGUGCUUGUGAGUAUUAUAUCAAGGAGGGCGUGUGUGGGGUGAGCGGGUGAAGGAGAAGGGGUAGUUUUUCUUGUUUUUGGUACCCGUAACCGGCUUGUUGCGGUUGGCCUACACCUCGUGUCUGCCCGGGGACCAGCCCGCGUCCGAAAGGAAGCUAGUACGUGCCAAGUGGAGUGCGGUAAUGACACUUCAUCGUCAACGUGAAU